ACCGCGGUUGGGAUUUUGGGUCGGGAAUCGAUUGAGGAGCCUGGCUUGGGGGAGGGGGCGGCGUGCCUUUGUGGGUGCCGGGACUCCAGGAAUGUGGGGUGCGGGUGAGAGCGGCGCGCGAGUGGGGUGCAAACUUCUGCCGCCCACGGAUCGCUGCCGUUGGCCGCGCCGCGGCGUCUGCUGUCCUCCCGCUCCGCCAGGCUCCCAGACUGCGGAGCAUCGAAGAUGGAGGCGGGUGCUCUCCUCGCUGCUUUCUGCCCCCAGCCCUUCUCCCGGGGCGCGGCGGUGAUGCUCGUGGCUGGCACUUAGGGGGCUGCGGAGGCCGCCCCAGGCAUUGUUCUGAGCUCCUCUGGGGAGCUCGUGGCGUAGUCACAGCCCCUGCUGCCUGCGGAGAGCCUGAGGGAUUAGAGCUCUGCAACCUGCAAUCUGGCUCCGGAACCGGCAUUCCUAACCCUGGGGCCACGCUGCCUUCAAGAUGAAGAAGCCGACUCACACGACUGUCAACUGCUGGUUCUGCAACCAGGACACGGAGGUGCCCUACGGCAACCGCAACUGCUGGGACUGUCCCCACUGCGAGCAGUACAACGGCUUCCAGGAGAACGGCGACUACAACAAGCCGAUCCCGGCGCAGUACCUGGAGCACCUGAACCACGUGGUGCGCAGCCCGCCCCGCGCCCCCGCCCCCGCCCCGCCCCAGCAGUGGGUGAGCAGCCAGGUGCUGCUGUGCCGGCGGUGCAGCCACCACCAGACCACCAAGAUCAAGCAGCUGGCUGCCUUCGCACCCCGCGAGGAGGGCAGGUAUGACGAGGAGAUCGAGGUGUACCGGCACCACCUGGAGCAGAUGUACAAGCUGUGCCGGCCCUGCCAGGCGGCUGUCGAGUACUACAUCAAGCACCAGAACCGCCAGCUGCGCGCCCUGCUGCUCAGCCACCAGUUCAGGCACCGGGAGGCCGACCAGCCCUGCACGCAGAGCUUCUGCUCCUCGGCGCUGAAGGCCCCGGCCCAGGCCACCGCCCUCCGUGCCCUCGCCUUCCUGGCCUGCGCCUUCCUGCUGACCGCUGCCCUGCACAGCACCAGCGACCCCUCCACCCCGGGGGACGCCCUGCCCCCGGCCCUGCCCCCUGGUGGCAACGGCUCGGCCCUGCCUGACAAUGGCACCGCCGCUGGGGCCGAGGGCUGGCAGCAGCUGCUGGGCCUCCUGCCCGAACACACCGCCAAGAGGCUGCAGGAGGCCUGGGCCUUUGGACAGAGCCACCAGACCGGCAUCGUGGCGCUGGGCCUGCUCGCCUGCCUGCUGGCCAUGCUGCUGGCCGGCCGCAUCAGCCGGAACACUGAAGCUUGUGGGGAACACUGCCCUUCUUGGGUGGGAUUCAGAGGCCCACGUUCCCGCUCGGCUCGAGGGUUCUGUCCUCCGAGCAGCGUGGGCUGUGGCAGGCUCCGGAGGAUCGACGCCUUCGCCACCUGCCUGUGGGCCCUGCUGCUGGGCCUGCACCUGGCCGAGCAGCACCUGCAUGCGGCCCCGCCCAGCUGGCUGGAUGUGCUCAAGUUCAGCAUCACGUCCCUGUGCUGCCUGGUGGGCUUCACCGCAGCCGUGGCUACAAGGAAGGUGACAGGCACGCGGAGGUUCCGGCCCCGAAGGUACUUUCCCGGAGACGUGGCCGGCCUCUUCCCCGCCGUUCCCGGCCUGAGCGUCGGGGGCUCUCUGCCGCCUCUGUUCGUCCCCAGCCCGCCCGGCCUCCUGCCCCUCACAGGCCAGCAGCUGUUCCGGACCCCCCGGCGGGCAUCGCCCUCCUCGCUGCCAGGCCGCCUCAGCCGGGCCCUCUCACUGGGGACUGUCCCCUCCCUGACACGAACAGACUCAGGGCACCUGUUCAGCGGGAGCCGCCCGUCCUCUCAGGUGUCUCCUGCGGGGGAGCUUCCUGUUUCAGAUUACCUCUCUCUGCUGUCGGGGGGCCGCCCCUCCUCCCCGUUCCCUUCCCCGGCACCCUCCGUGGCUGGCUCCGUGGCCUCCAGCUCCGGCUCCCUGCGCCACCGCAGGCCGCUCAUCAGCCCGGCCCGCCUCAACCUCAAGGGGCAGAAGCUGCUGCUCUUCCCGUCGCCCCCCACGGAGCCCCCCAGCUCCCCCAGCAGCUCCGAUGAGCACUCGCCCCACUCGCUCCGCAACGGCAGCCUCUUCACCCUCAUGCAGCCGCACACACAGGACGCCAAGCACCUCGUGGACAGGAGACUGAUGCCGGAAAGAGGCAGCGGCUGCAGCCUCCGCUCCAUCAAGAAAGAGGACGACUCAUCGCAGUCGUCCAGCUGUGUGGUGGACACCACCACCAGGGGCUGCUCGGAGGAGGCCGCCUGGAGAGGCCGCCUCAGCCCCUCCCUGGUCCGGGGCCUCCUGGCCGUGAGCCUGGCCACCAACGCCCUCUUCACCUCGGCGUACCUGUACCGGAGCCUACGCUGACCAGGGUACCUGCUGCUGCCACCACUGCCACUGGCCAUCUCGGGGCCAGAGUGACCGGGCGCCUGGGGCCUCAGAGACGUCCCUGAGGGGCUGCCGCUGCCGCCCCCUUCUCCAGCCCUUGACCUCACUGGUUUGUGAGCUGAGGUCGUGGUGGGGGGUAGGUCCUGCCGCCUCCCGCCUGCCCCCCGGAGCCUCCUCCAGACCCAGCAGAGGUGUCGUCCCCGCCUCACCUGACAUCGGGUGUGCGUGUUUGGUGCUGACACUGAUCCCCAGGCCAGGGAUACCCGGGGGUGCCCUCCCUCCGUCCCCUCCCUGCCUGGCGGGAUGCCACUCCUACUGUAACUGGAGCCAGAGCUGUCACACUGCGGCCUCCCUGACUCCACACCCAUCUCCGUGCUGUGCUUGGUGUCCGGCCGGGGCCACCGCAGGUGCCCAGGGCAGGCAGGAGGGUGGGCCUGCCGUGCCUCUCCCCCACCCACCACUGGAGAGCGAACCUCCCCUGGGCAGGCCCUCUGAGGACAUGCGUCCUCUGCCCCCAGCUGCCCCUCACCUGUCUGCCAGUCAUCCUGUCGGCUCGGCCCUGCCCUGGUCAGCGGGGUCCCCUGCCCAGGGAUCCUCCGAGCCCUGCGGGCCGUGCCAAGGGCCCAGCUGGCCCUGGGGCAAGUGUGAGCACCUGCCCCGCCCCCCCAUCACCUCUGGUGACCUUCCCUGGCAUCGUCCCCUACCCCACCCGUGCACAGGGCUGGGCAUGCCUUGCGCCAGUGACCUAGGCCUCAUGCAGACACUGCCCACCGGGUCCGUUCAUGGCCCUCGGCUCUGCAUCGUGUGCACCGGGCAGCAGUAGACUCCCUGCUUCGCCCGCGCCUCCCAGCUGCCCUCCGGCCCGCCCUGGGCUCAGGCCCCCAGCUCUCCGGCCUCCUGCUUGGCUUUUCUUUCCACCCCUGCUCCUUGGUUCCUGCCACAGACCUUCCGACCCGCACUGCAGCUUUGCCCCCACCCCCCUGCCCUGCUUUCCUGUUGGGGUUCAGGCUGGGGUCCCGUCCUGUCCCCUGGGAGGAGGGAGGAGGGCCCUCAGUCGCACCAGGACCUGGUGGGCGUCACAACCACCCGUACCCCGUAGCACUGGGCCUCGGACGAGUGUGGGGCAGCGUGUGAGUACACGCCUGUGUGUGCACGUAUGUUAGGCAAGUAUGUGCCUGUGUGCAUGUUUGUUAGUACAUGUGUGUUACACACGUGUGGAUGUGUGCACGUGUUUGAGCGUGUGCGUGUGUUUGUGCCACUGGCCUUGGUGGAUUCUGAGGCUCGUUGGGGGGCAGGUUUUCACUCUGUCAUUCAGGGAUAAAGGUUAAUUUUAUUUUUCUACACGUUUUGCCAGGUCAGGCUUUUUGCUGGUGAGCAGGAUGCCCCAACGCUCCCUGCCAGGGAGGUUUUGUUUCUUUCAGCUUUGGGUGCUUUUUUAAUCGUUUUUUAACGUGUGGGGAAGGAGACUGCUCUGACCCCCCCAUCCCCCUCCCCACCUCCUGCCCUGUCCCCACCCAGGACAUGGGAAAGUGGGGGGCCGGGACCCUCCGGCUGCCAGAAAUGAUUCCACCUCGGAGGUGGUGCCUCUUGGUCCCCGUGUGGCUGUGGGUGUGUGUGUCGAGUUGUUUAAUUUUAUUUCUGCCUCAGAAAGCCAAACUCUAUUCCCAGGCGGCCUUCCUCGGGGGCUGAGAAAGCUCCCGAGUGGGGGGCACCCCGGGCCCCCCUCUUGCUGGCCCUGGCUGGCCUCACAUCCCCCCAGGGGCAGGGGGAGGCCAGGCAGGGAGCGGGGUUCACCUAUGUUUUGUUUUAAAUAGAAAACACACCUUAUUUUUCUUUAUAAAAGAAAAAAAAAGAAAAAAAAAGGAAACCAAAAAAGAUGCCGAUCCUUGAACUCACACCUCAGCCCGUGUUGUCUUUCUUCUCCUUUGCUCUGUGCCCCUGAGGCCGCGUGAGGAGGAGCCCAGCCCGGGCAGGGAGGAGCCCCCACUAGGGAAGAAGUGAUUUCAUUCAUUCAUUUCUUCAGCACGGAGCUGGGGGUGGGCUGCUGGGGUUCAGGGGCCAGGUC